AUGGUCGAAGGUGCUGACGAGAAUGCAGAGGCUAUGCUGAAGUAUCACCACGAGCUGCUUUGGGGGAGCAUUCCGAAAGUUAUGAUGCGCGGGUUCCCCCCGGUCGAUCAUAGUCUUGUGGAGACGGCUACCCGUGUGGGAGAUCUCCAGCUGGUGCGCAAUUUGAACCCAAGGAACAGCAACGUGUUCCUGGCGCGUCGCAGUGCGACCGAGAAAGUCGCCCUCAAAGUCUAUGACAAGUCAAACUAUGUAACUGCCGGGGACGUGGAGAACAUUUAUCGCGAGCUGAAUUUCCUGAGGGACGUUCUCCGACACCCGCACAUCGUCCAGUGCACUUCCGUGCUCCAUAGCUUCUCGCGGGUCUACUUGGCCCUCGAAGUCGGGGGCACGAAGAAUCUGAGCCAGCACCUCAUGAACCAGCCAGGGUACCGCACCGACUCGCAGGAAGCUGUGGACUGCACCGCGCAGAUAGCAGAAGCGCUGGCCUUCUGCCAUUCGCGUGACAUCGUGCACAGGCAAGUGUCUCUGGAUCACAUCAUGGUAGAUGACCAGUCGGAACCGCCCUUCUGCCGCUUGGUGGACUUCUUCGCGGCGACGUGCUGCGUGGGGUCGACGCCGUCGACCACGGCGUGCGGGGAGCUGCCGUGCAUCGCCCCGGAGAUGGCGCUGGAUGCGUCGUACGCCGCCAAGCCGGCGGAUUGCUGGAUCCUCGGGGUGGUGCUUCUCGAGGCCGCUGGGAGCCUGGGCUCGAUGAGGCUGGCGGUCGGCUGGCUGGAGGACACGGAGCUGGAGCCCGCCGCCGCCAGGAUCCGGAGCUUCUUCUCCUACGAGGGCAGCUGCGCCCGUGCGCUGGCGGCCAUGGGCGGCGUGCGCAGCCCUGCGGUGCUGGCCAGGCUCUCUGGGCUCCUCGAGCCGGAGCCCACGGCGCGUGCCAGCGCGGGCGCCAUCUGCGGCUCUUCUGAGGCCCCCUGA